AUCAAUUCAUUUAUAAUAUAAGAAAUCAAUAAACUAUUGGUAAUAGGAGUAAAUUAAUAGAAAUAGGAAACACUUCUCAAUGAAAAGAAUGUUUUAGAAGGACAUAUGUUUACAAUUAAUAUACAUUUAUCAACUAGUUAAUUAUAAAUGUUGAAUGAAGUAUUUUUCCUCCCGAAUACACAUUUACAUAGAACAAUAAAGGGACUUUUGGUAGAACAACAAAAGCAACCAUAUUCUAGGCCCAAUAAUCGAUUGGAUUUCUAUAGUUAAUACAAAAAAGAUUUCGAAUGUAGUUAAGGCACGAAUGCGAUCGAUUACACCGAAAAAAAUGCUAAACAUUUGAUUAUAAGUUAAAAAAAAUUGAAAUGGGAACUGAAAAAAAGAAAGUCUGGGAUAAGAAUGGCAUUGAAGACGUCAUUAGAGACGUUCUUGACGCUUAUCUCAAUAGUAUGAAGUAUGACGGACCUAGAUGUUGUAAACUAACAGGAGAAAUAUGCUUGAUGAUCAAAAAUCGUAUUCAACAAACUGGCAGUGUAGAUAUGAAUAAGAAAUUAGUUGUUCAAGUAUUAAUUGGUCAGGAAUCUAGCGAUGUCAUAAAAUUUUCCAGUCGCUGUUUUUGGGAUCGUCAUUUGGAUCAUGUUGCUUCGGCCACCUACAGGAAUAAGCACUUGUAUGGAUUUGCUAUAGUUUACAGUUGCAGUUACUAGCUCAGGUUUAAAUAAAUCUAAAAUGUUUACUCUAGUUUUUCUAAAGAAACAUUCACUAUUUAACCAAUAAAUUCCCGGAAAUUAUCACUUUUUGUUAUUUUUAAUCUUAGAAUAGCUUAAAUAAUAGCUAUAAUCUACAAUAUUACAU